GAACAUAUUUCUCUAAUGUCACCUCUUAACAACGAGUUUAUGUGCUAUUCCUCCAUCAUAUGAGAGUAUAUGAGUUUUCUUUAAAUUUCUGUGUGUGUAAUGGGAAGUUAGUAUAGGCCUAUGACAUUCAAGCCUAUGUAAAAAUACAUGUCUUCUAGCAUUUAGCUCAUUUGGCAGUUAAAUAAUCAUGACACAGAGUCAAAGUGUUUCCCGAGUGCUCCUUGAUCUAAUGUGUUUUAGCUACAUUAUAUCCAUCCAUUACCAUCUACCAGCUGUUAGAGAAAGCCGAUUGUAGCCCGGCCCAUCUCAACACACAACCAACACGAGCUAGCAGACGCUGGCAGUCUCUAAACCGAUUUUUUUUUUGUGUCAAACCUGUGCCAUGAUAUCACACCGUGGAGGGACUUAAGUGCUGUACUAGUCACCGUUAUCAGACAUCAUGUCUUCCAGGGAGCGUCGGUCAGAUGUCUACAUAAAGGCAGAACCGAGCAGUCCAGAGGGAGGUGGGGGAGGUCGGAUCAGCCCUGGCGGGGCCUCCUCAGACUCCUCUCACAGUGGAGGUGGAGGAACCAGAGGAGACGGUGCUAAACGUUACUCUCCGCCACUCUACACACCAGCUCUGCGUUGCCACUUCAAAGACGAGGGUGGUGAUGGAGCAGAGGAAGGCUCAACUGGAAACGGAGCAGGGCGGUGCAAGUACGCCCUGAGCACGCUACCGAAGAGGCUGUGUUUAGUAUGUGGGGAUGUGGCCUCGGGUUACCACUAUGGCGUGGCGUCAUGUGAGGCCUGCAAAGCAUUCUUCAAGAGAACCAUCCAAGGUAACAUUGAAUACAGCUGUCCAGCAUCGAACGAGUGCGAGAUCACCAAAAGGCGCAGAAAGGCUUGUCAGGCAUGCCGCUUCACCAAGUGCCUCAAAGUAGGCAUGCUGAAAGAGGGAGUUCGUCUUGACAGGGUCAGAGGUGGAAGGCAGAAGUACAAAAGGCGCCCAGAAGUGGAGAAUGCAACAUACCAGAGUGCUCCACUACCACUGACAAAGGAGAGUGAAAAAGGUUCCUCCAACAUCAUUGUGUCCCACCUUCUAGUGGCAGAACCAGAAAAGUUAUUUGCCAUGCCUGACCCUCUGCAGCCCGACACAGCCCAGCGCACGCUCACCACCCUUUGUGACCUUGCUGACCGUGAGCUGGUUGUCAUCAUUGGCUGGGCCAAACACAUUCCUGGCUUCCUGUCGCUGUCCCUAGCAGACCAGAUGUCCGUGCUGCAGUCAGUGUGGCUGGAGGUGCUGGUGCUGGGUGUAGCGUACCGCUCUCUUGGCUGUGAGGACGAGGUGGUGUUCGCAGAGGAUUUUGUCCUUGAUGAGGAGAUGUCACGUGUUGCUGGACUGACAGAACUAAAUGCAGCAAUUAGUCAACUUGCUCGCCGUUUCCGUGCACUAAACGUGGACCGGGAGGAAUUUGUCAUGCUGAAAGCCAUCGCACUCACUAAUUCAGACUCUGUUUACAUCGAGGACAUGGAGGCUGUGCAGAAGCUGCGGGACCUCCUCCACCAGGCCCUGCUGGAGCUGGAAUGUCAGCGGCGCCCAGACGACCCCCAGCGUGCAGGACGCCUCCUUUUAACAUUGCCUCUCCUCCGACAGACUGCUGGUCGUGCUCUUACCACCUUCUACAGUAUCAAGACGCGUGGUGGUGUACCCAUGCACAAACUAUUCCUGGAGAUGCUGGAAGCCAUGAUGGACUCUCCCUAGAGCGGAAAGCAGCGGAAGUAAAGAGGAUGCGGAGAAAGACCCAACAGAGAUCUAGUCUUCAAGAGUGGAUGAGUGGUUUGUGAGGAAUGAAAGAUUUUAUUAGAGAAUUAAUAAUGAGGAAAAUGGUCCUUUUCCCCUUGGCUACAUGAAGAAAGGAAAAGAAUAUGAGAAAAGAAAAACCUCAUGUAUUCAUGUCCUUAAGUGGGAAUUGGUUAUUUACAGUAAGAUGUAACUGCCAAGCUUCAGUAAAAGGCUCCAAGAUCUAAGAAUGAAAACAUUUAACAUGAAUGCCAGAAAACCUUUCAACUAUUUUCAUGGCGUGUUCCAUCACAGCAUCGGUCUGCAGUUGCAUAACCACUGAAGAACAACAUUUAGGUACCCAAGAACAGACUGCAGUCAUGUGGCUUUUGAACUUUUUAAAAUAAUGCAACAUCUACUCAUGAAAGCCAUAACAACAUAUUCACCGAAAGACUUGAGGGUCCAGUAUAGGGUCAGACUGACAUGCACACGGAGUGCUUGUAUUUACUAUAGUUUAGUGUGCCGUUGUAGGCAAAUUCAUAGGAAUUACUUGCAAUAUGUUAAAAGCAAUAUAAUGACUCGAUUAUUGUCUGUCACAUUUAAAAUCUGGAUAAAAUGGUGAGACAUCUAGUUGUGUGUGUAUAUCAGUAGUUCGCCACUCUCAGGACCCCAAGUGUUGAUUUAAAAACAAAAACAAAAAACAAAACAAGUUAUAGCUUCUAGUAGAGACUGGUUUGAGUCGGGGAUGCCAGGUGAGUAGAUUUAAAAACCUGGUAAGACCAGCAGCACUUUUGGGGUUAAAUACUGGAGUUGGGAACCACUGGUGUACAUAGUGGGUGCAGGAUUCUUUAUAAAAGGUUGUGCAAUUGAUUUGUCCAGGAGAAGUGCAUAUGAAGAUUGUGUGCUCAUAAAAUGCUCUACUUGGAAGGUAAUAUAUUUAGUGUUGUAUGUAAAUCCUAUUGACACACAAAAAACUGGCUUCCAGACAAGCAAGCGUGUGCGUUCCUGUGCAGUCUAAAACAAUGAGCUACACUGAGAUCAGGGAAGAACACAACUCUUUGACAUUAAAGCCAGUGUGGCAACAACAGUGGUUAGAAAAGAAAUGCAUAUGCCUCAUCUGCUUUUUUAUACUGUCCUCCUCCACUAGAUCUAACCACUAUUUUUGACUGCAGCAGCUGUGCUGUUCAAAAAUAACGGUCUGACCUAUUUUACCUGUUUGAUUUGUGGGUUAUAAUGUCUAACACUAACCCACAUGAUUGAUAGGUGUAUAAUGAGAUUUUGCUGCAUUUUCUGCAGUAGUGAAGAACGUUGCAUAAAAGAUCUCAAUUGUUUCAAUGUGAGAUCCCUCCUUUGUGUGCGUACAGCUGUUGAACUUUAACUUGCAAGUGCCCGUAAUGGGCUCAGGACAACAAGAAAUGCAACAUACACAACAUCUUCCUUUUGGAUGUUGAAAUCUUGUCUGGCAACAUCCUGAAAGUCCUACUCAUUGUUCAGCAGGUUUGUAUACUUACAGUAGAAAUGAUCAUUAUAGUAAGCUUCACAUGCAAUGCAAAGCUACAGUAUCUGUUGACAAAAUUAGAUUCCUAAAAAUAAUAUUUGGUGGCCAAAGGGCCAUUAAUUUAGCCAUGUACAGUUCCAUUUAAAUAAACAGAAACAUGCAAUUUAUAGUGGAAGAUAAUAAAGCCAGCAAAUGUGAUACAAAUUCCCCAUUAUAAUUAUAUUUGUGCAGCUUACAGUGUUCUGAAAUUUGUAAAGACUUGAAACAUAAAUUUUCCUUUCCAGGAUUUAAGGGUAUUUUAUUUACAUUGUGACACUGUUGUGGGUUUGGUACUGAAAUGAAGCUUUCUAUUCAGGAUAUUAUAAAUACUAAUUGUUUUUUUUAAUGUAAGCAGUUGUGUGUUUUCUGAAGCUGAUUGUCAUUUUAGGGAUCAAUUUACAUGGCUCUAUAGAUUUAGUGGCACGGUGAGGCUACAGAGGGCUACCUCAGCAGGCAGAGUAAGCCAGACGGCCAAAUAACUGUGGAGACAAAUGUAAUUCUUGAUCUUUUGAUUUGUCAACUUAAAUUUAAAUAUUGGGUUUAUUGAAUGUCUUGCAGUUCUGCGAACACCUGAAAUCAUUUGUUUCUGUUUUCCUAACUUUAAGGUGUAUAUGGCUCAUUAAUCGUGCUUUAUAAGAUGCGCCAUGGUACAAAGUGUUUCACAGGAAUAAUGGUGCAGCUCGAAAACACUGGAGGUCAUUUACAGCAAUUUUAAAUUGAAAACAGUUCAACUUGUAACACACAGAUGUUAUAUUAGCAACAGCUAGCACUGUGGAGCAGCGACUGACUCUGACCUCACCUGUUUGGUUUUGUUUUCAUAGGUUACAGCUGACAUAUUCUUGUGAUCUAAAACAGUUUUGUUCUGAUUUGUUUACUAACCUAAUUUCUCAAAUAGUAAUCAGAAUUCUGAAGCAGACAUAAAUAUCGACGCCUGGGUAGACUUAAAGCUGUUCAGGUAUCUUCAAAUUAACUUUAACAUUUACACAAAGGUAGAUUUUUCACAAGCAUACAAAUGUUUUAGGUACGGUGGGUUAGGGUGAAGACAGGGUCAUUUGCAGUGUCACUGUUAUAAUUAUACAGCCAUUUGCAGUUUUAUUAAAUAUGUGCGCAUUAAUACAAAUGAGCAAUACAAUAAAUUACCAAAUCUCACAUUUCCUUGUAUAGCCACAGUGUACAUUUAACAUUGCCAGUUAUAAUGAAGAAUAGCUACUAAACGUUAUAUUAUUUAGAAGUUAAAAUCAAUGUUUGUAUUUUGAAAGACUAUUUAAAUGAUUAAAUUCUAUUUUUUACUCAAUUUACUGUUUGUUGACACUGCUUUAUUUUUGUGUGUGAUAUUGGCUGUGAAUUUCUGUGUGUAGGCUAUUUUUUGUUUCAUUUAGAUAAAACAGUUUGAUGUCCUUGUCUAUACAUGUCCACAUAAAAAUCACUGUGAAAAAAGUGAGCUCUUCCACUAUCUGACGCAACAGGGAGUGGAUUAUUGUAGGUGCUUUGUGUUGUGUAAUAAAUGGACACACCACCACCACA